CCGACAUAGAAGAGUGAACUACUUACUAUAUGUACCUAAUACUGUGCCUAUGCUGUGCUAGCGAAUCCCAUUAAAAUGCCUUUUUAGGCUGACGCUCGACGCUCACUUAGCGUCAAAUGACACGUCAUUAAAUUUGAUGCUAUAUUGUUAAAAAGACAUGAAAAGAGACCUGUAAUUUAUUGGAGACAGGAGACAGACACAUUUUGAAAGAAAAUAUCAAUAGUUUUGUGUUUUGUGUAUAGUUAUGUUGUGAUUAAAUUAAAGGAGAUUGAAAGGACAUUAAAAAUGGAAGACUUUGUGCCAACGCGUGUGUCCCAAAUCAAGAAGAAUGCGACAAGUGACUACAUCUCUGUGAAUUAUGAAGCUCCAAAGAGAAAAUUAAAACCUGCAGAUGGUUUGCGCAAUAAUGAGGAACAGGAUUCCAAAAAAAAACAAAUGCCUGCUGAAUUGAAGGAACAACAAGAAAAAGAGAUGAAGAGGCUACGUUAUGAUGUUAUUAAGUUCGGUAUGUCUGGUUUUGAGAAACCAAAAGCAAAAAGAGCAAAAGUUGAGCUUGCCAUCAGUUUAGGAGCGAUGCCUCCUAAGAAUAGAAGGAUGAAUUAUAAAACAUUAAAGAAGAGUCGAAUGAUAGAGAAGCAAAAAAAGAAGAAAGAGGAGAAACAUAUAUCUGGAUUUACUAGUAGUUUGCUCAAAUCUAAAUCCAAGAAAGUACACAAGAAAGAUAGUGAUAUUUUAGGAGUUUAUGGAAAGGUACCAAAGGGUGCCUUGGCCAAACAGAAGGGCUGAAUUUAUUGGUAAAUAUUUGAAAUCUCCUCUGAAAAUUUAUCAAAAUUACUAGAAUAAAGAAAUAACUUAUUCAAGCUUAAAAAUAAAGUUUUGUAAAAAAAAAUUAUAAUUUGAAAAAUAAAAACUGACUAUAUUUGUAAUUAUUGAAA